AUGCUCGUCUACCUACCUGAGAUAUACAGUCUGGGACGCGAGCGACGCAACCGUGGGCGGUGUACUCUUAUAAAGGGCCAAAGAAAGGAGGAAGGGAACACGGCAUCGCCCACGCUAGCACCACGCUUGGGGAAAAAACUGUUCGCUGCAGAAACAGGUGACGUUGUGUUGCGUACCAUAAUUUGGAGCAAACUUGUUGAACAUCAGUACCGACCGCAACCCGACUCUGAUGCACAAGAAGUUCUUCACAUUCUCUUAUACGCCCACAGCAAGAGAGAUGACUUCAUCCAGCAAGGCGACCAGACGGAUAUAUAUGCCAAUGGACCGUUACCCUCCGGAUACCGUUCUGACGAUUGCGGUCCCCGUUUAACUGAUGCAUUUGUGAAGUCCUGGUCGACAUCAAAUUUUGAAUAUGUGGAAUCUUUGUCUGAUUUGGGACCUGAAAGUAGCGCCCCUAGUGAGCCUAAUUUAGCAAAUAACGACUUUGUCCCUGUUGAAGACGCUUUAUAUGUGUGCUAUAAUGUUUUUCAUGGAUUUUGCGAAAGACUUCAACUUACCAACAUAUCAGUCAUCAAACCAUGGAAACGGCACUCUUCUCUGUUGGAUUUCCACCCCAAACGGGCACCCGAUAUUCCUAUUCCUGUUGUAAAUUGGAAUACCUCCUUGAGCUCGACUCUCACGGUCGAUAGCAGUUACAUUUACGUUGGGCUUGAGCAAGAUCAGUUUCAGGACGCAACAUUGGUCGACCUUGAUCCAAUAUCUAUCAGACUUCGUGAUUUUGAUUACGCCAGCAAAGAGCCAAGUGUUAAGAGUUCAUUGAGGUUACAGGAAAGUGAUUUUCGAAUUAAGUACAAGUUCUCCUUCCAAUACACACUUGAAAAAGGGCAACGUGGGUCAUCUCAGCCUGUUGUACCACACAUUUACUUCGUGGCACAGCAACCAAGCAUUACUGAAUUUGGAAUGCUGGAAACGAGGAUUGCACGAGUUUGCUCGGGUGAUAAGUUCCUCCAUUCGUACGCCGAUUUAGAGCUUUCCUGUGAGGGAUGCUUCCUACCCGACGGAGGUCAGGCACAGAAGAUGGCUCUUAUUAAAGAUACCGAUUGGACUCUAGGCAUUGAGGAGAAGUUUUACUCAUUGGGGCUCUGA